GAGCGCGACCCCAAUCAAACGCAGCUCCUUUGUGGACGAGCGGCGGGGAGAUCCGCUGCCUGAACAACUAAAGGGGACUUUCUUUAAAACCACUUACCCGGUUCUAGAGUGGGGAAGCAAAACCUGCGAAGGCUCAGAUUCCACAGAAAAGGGGACGGACCUGGGCGUCUUCUAUACUUGCUGUCUCCGCCUCGCCCGCGCGUCUCUCCCCGCCCUCAGGGGAGGGCACGACUCGCUCCCGAACUCGGGACGAGGAGGAAGUUUGGGCCUUUCCGGCCACCACCCGCUUCAAAAUGGCUUCCCCCAGGGAGAGGCGUGGCUAACGUCAAAGUAUAGACUCUAAAUCCUUCCUCGCAUGGAUCGUACCGCAGAGUUCAGGAGAUGGAAGGCGCAGUGUCUGAGCAAAGCGGACCUCAGCCGUAAGGGCAGUGUGGACGAGGAUGUGGUAGAACUUGUGCAGCUCCUGAAUGGGCGAGAACCGUACUUCACCACCAGUUCCUGCGCUGGGCGCAUCAUCCUCCUAGACGGGGAUAUAAAUGGUUUUGAGGUUCAAAAGCAAAACCGUUGCUGGCUACUGGUUACACACAAACCUUGUGUAAAGGAUGAUGUGAUUGCAGCUCUGAAGAAAGCAAAUGGUGAUGCCAUUUUGAAAUUUGAACCACUUAUUCUUCAUGUGCAGUGUCGACAGUUGCAGGAUGCACAGAUUCUGCAUUCACUGGCAAUAGAUUCUGGUUUCAGGAACUCUGGCAUAACCGUGGGAAAGAGAGAAAAGACUAUGUUGAAAAAGUUUGCCAACCCUGGACUAGAUGAUCUUUAAAGCCCUUUCUAAGCCUCCAGCCUCUCUCAGUCCUUUCCUGGCCAAGUCAACUCCUAUUGAUUUUGCCCUCUUCUGAUCUUCUAUA